AUGAGUGAGUCGGACAACUCAGAUUAUGACCCAAUUCCUGACAAUGAAGAGAUCGAGGAAAAUGAUACUCCACCAGACGAAGGUGAAGCAGCAGUUCUUGCAGAUAUCUGGGGUGCUCCUGGGGCUGGAAAAGACCAUCAACAGGAAGAUGAAGGUACAGAGGAGCAAACAGACGGAAGAGACUUAUUUUCGCCAACAAAUGGAGCAACAUCGGCUCUUGAGCUUAUGCGCGUAAAGUCAAGCGAGCAAGCGAAUCCAGAAAAAGACGAAGAAGACGAUGAAGACGAGCAAAACACGCCAGAGGAAGUCGAAAAGGAUGACGCCGAAGAUACAGGCGAGCCUCCAGCGAAACGAGCAGCUAGACAGGGACUUACUCGGCUACCACUUUCGCGAAUUAAAACGAUGCUCAAAAACUUCGAUCCUGAGUGGAAAGGUCAAAGUGCUGAUGCUGCUAUUGCUCUUAUUCUGGCCGGAGAACAGUUCAUUGAAAAUCUUGCACGUCGAUCCUAUCAAAUAGCGGAAACUGGGCGGCGAAAAACUGUCAAGAAAGAUGACGUCAAAUUUGUCUUUCAAACUGAAGAAGAAUACGCGUUCCUCGAUGGCUGUUUUGAUUCCAAGACCGGAUGUCUUUAA